GUGCAAGCUGAGCAGAGGUUUUGGUUCAGAAAACCACAUUAGAACUUUUAGAACUUCUCUUACGUCCUGUUAAUUAUGUUAUAGCUUAUAAUUAUUUAUCUUUUUAUCACUCCGCCUAUUCAGUUCAUUUAUUUUUAAUAUUAUUCGUUUUGCACUUUCCAUUGUUGAGUGAGACCGGGAACAGUGUGUGAAGCAGGAGAAUUAAAAGUUCCAGAAACAAUUCGUUGCCGCUUUGACUUGAAUGAUGUCUGAGUUACAAAAAGAGAUUAAGCAAACCUUACUGUGAGUAAUACCAAGCCUUCCUGACGAGCCAUUCAAUCAGUCAGUUGAGAAAUGUGUAGGCUGAGGAGUAGAAGAUUUAAUGUACGUGACAGAAGAGGACUUCUUAAGAGUUCAUACAACCUGUCCAGUGCCAAACUGUUCAGCGCCUGGAAAGAUCAUGAACAAAGAAGCAGCAUUUUGGUUCAGUAAUUAGUUUGACCGAGGUCUCCUCAAAAUUCACCACAAUUGAGCUCCUCAGGCUCCUCAGUAAGAAAAUGGAUGGACUCACACUUCAAGCAGAUGUAUUUGCCACUUCAGCAGAUGUCCAAGGAACACUCAACUUGCCUGACAGUCCUUGAAUUAUAAUUCUUGGUCAAACUCUAAGCAACCAGCAGUGGAUGGUGAGCAUUGAAGGUCACGUUGUAUGUGAGGGAACACAACUCAGCUUUGUCUGUGGCCGUACUGCUGUGUUUGCUUCAUGUGUGGACACUUUUUCUUUGGUGUCGUUUCUUGUGACUGAAGACAGAGAAAGCAAAAUUAAAAUGAUAUAUUGACAUCAACCCUGAACAAAUGUUCAAGGCCAAUCAAGGAAAAGCAACAUCCAAGAAGACUAGCCAAGUAGUCCAUAACAAGAAGAACGCAGUAAACCCUCAUUUUUCCUAUCCACUUUUCUAGAAGAAAAACAAAAACAAUGUCUUCUGUAGACAUCCAGAAAGCUGUCUUUAGCGUAUCCAAAGCAGAAGAUGUAAGACAAGACACCAUUCUUCUGAUGAAGCCCUAUGCCAACUGGGAAGAGUUUUUAAUGCCAGCCCCACUCUCUGUUGCCAUCCUUGGAGAGCUGGUCUACAUUUCCUCAAAAGGUGACUUCUCCAUUAAUAAGAAUCCACCUGAAAAGGGAUAUCAAUAUAUCCGCCACCCGGAGUCAUUCCGGGCUUGUCUUAUGCAGGUGACAGAUAGUGGAUGGCAGGCUUUUAAUGACGCUCACAAGAACAUGGACCAAAUCCGACUUCACUCUGGUAGUGUGCCCAUUUACUUGAAAAUGGCUGUAAGGACACUUCUGCAGAACAACCCUGACCGUGCCCGAGCGCUUAUUCCAAGCCAGUUGCAAAAUAUUAGAAAUAUAGCCAGUGAGUGUACACGGCUGGCAGAGUCAACAGAGAAGAAAUUCACAGAUGUCAUUCUGCUUAUUCAAGAAAUAUUGGAAGUGUGCACUAAUGCAAAGCACCUUUAUCAAGAAGACUUACAGAACAUCAAGCUCAAACUGGAAGAAGCCAAAAUGAAGAAAGAAUCAACAGACGUGGCCAAAAAGUUAGCUGAGGAGAACCUGACCAGAAUGUCCAAAGAGCUGGAUGAGGCUCAUGACCAGUUUAAAAAAUCCUUGGACUCGAUACCCACUGGCUGGGACAUGGUUGGGAUGACUUUGGCAGAAGGUAUCACAGGUUCUCUAAAUAGUCUUGUCUCUGGUACAUUAUCUAUAUUCUCAUCCCCUAAAAAAAUUAUUAAUAAAUUUAAAAGUUCAUCCAGUGAAUCUUCAAAUUCUGUUAAAAGUGAUAACCCUUUGGCUGUUAACAAUAUUUAUUCCAAAUCCAUACAACUGCUUAGAUUGUCACAGCAAAUGCAAACGUUUGUGGGAAAAUGACAGAUCAAAUGGAAGGAAAUCUAUGAUGAAAAAAAUGAAUCUCUGAAAUCAAACUGGCUUAAGAAACAGUAUGAAGAUAUUGAGAAGAGAGUGAAAGGAGAAGAAGAUUGCAAGCCCAAAGAGAAAGCCCUUAACAUCUGUAAAGCUGCUAUUUCCAUUUGUAAUAUGCUGACAAAAUACGCACCCAAGAAAGUUUGUUCUGAUGAAGAAAAGAAGAACCUCUUGGGUCAGAUAGCCAAUCUCAAAGACAAUUGUGAGAUGUUUGACUCCGAGAGCAAGUCCUUCACAAAAUCCCCUGCUUUUCAAACUCCUCCACCAAAUAUAGUACAGAAAAAUAAUGAAGCGCAGAAAAGCGCCGUUCAGACCGCCUCUGACAAUGCAAGAUUUAAAAUCGAACAAAGCCAGGCCCAACUUAAGCAAACGCAAGACAUGUACAAGAAAAGUAUAGAGAACUUAGAGAAGAACAACAAGGAACUGACGGAUAUUCUUGUCUCCAUGCGGAGUUGCCAGGUAAAGGAGAUCGAUUUCAAUACUACGAUAAAAAUGCUAACGAAAGGCCUUGAUGCCAUGGGAAGAGUGAAGGAGCAGUGGGAGAAAAUGGUUCACUUCUUUCAGAUGAUAUCUAACUUAAUCUGUACUUGCCUGGACACCUCAUUGAAGCAGUUUGUUACAUCAGGAGAAUCGACUGAUGGGAUCGAAGGCUACUCAUCCAACUCUUUUGUGACAGACAUGAUCUACACCCAGGCUUUCCAGGCUUCCAAUAUUGCAAACCUGGUCAAUAUGAUUGCUGGAACGUACACAGAGAUCUCAGACCAAUAUCUUAUGGAUAAAGUCAGCAGCCUUGGUCACCUCAUGGCUCUAGAUCCCAGCAACCCUCAGCUGGAAAAAGAGCGCAUAUCAUUAGCCAACGAUUGUGACUCUGCAAAGGAUAGCAUUCGUAGCCUGGUGCUAAAGAAUAAGGAGGAGUUUGAAGGCAGCAUGAAUUCACGAUUGGAGAAGAUCCAAAGCGGUCUGCAGUCAGUGCUGCCUCCAAUUUCUACAGCUGAACAAAAGAAGAUCCAAAGUAACAUCUCCAUGGGCUUGAAGAAUUUGACCUUAGAAGAGGAGAGUCAGUUUGCCUGAAGGAGUGACAACCUAUUGAAUGUGGACAUGCAUUUUUAACAGCUCCUUCGGUAGUUUAAGACAUCAUUGUUGCAGUGCAUCUAGUUUUUUAGUUUUUUGGCUGACUAUAUUCACUUUCUCGUCCAGUUGAUGAAAAUAUUCAUAUCUGCAACUUGAGAUAAUUUCCAUUUGAUAAAUUGUCUUAUCAAACCUUAAGUAAAACGAUUCAUUUUGUGGAAAUGAAACCAACCUCAUCGUGAUGAGACAUCAAAGUCAAGCUUGUAGCACCUUUCAAAGUCAAAUCAAAGUCAAAGCGAACUUUAUUGUCAUCUCAACCAUAUACAAGUAUACAGACAGAUGAAAUUGCGAAGCUCGGAAGGAAGUGCACGGAAAAAAGCGCACAGUCAUAUAAGCGAACAGGAAAUAACCGCAUGGAAAAAAAACGCACAGGAAAUAACCGCACACGGGAAAAACUGCACGUGGAAAAAUACGCAUACGAUAAAUUGUGUGGACGAAAAAAAACGCACGUUUAAGAAUAUACAUAUGGUAAAAGUGCGCAUGUGGAAAAAAGCACACAGCGGCGACAUAUAAUUAUUACAAAUUUAAAAUAUACACCACCUAUACUGCUAGACGUUUUUUAUUAUAAUAAAAUAUAAACGAUUAACACACCCUAACUAUCUAUUCCUUUUGUUGUGCGAGAACACAGAUAUUCAAAUCCCUUGUAACCGAGAAUUUGCUUCCCUUUCUGAUUGGUCGAAAACUCCAUCUCGCUUAUUAAAAAAAAAUGUCAACUUGCUUUGCUCGAAAGUUAGGGAAGAAUAAAGAAAUUAUAGGACGACCUUUACUUGCCAUAAUAAAACCCUAAUUUGCCUACCUGUGGAAUAAGAAGGUAUAAUAUAAAUUUUGAAAACUAUUGUAAAGAAUAAUAAUUUCCUAGAAAUGGUAAUUUAGGCACAACAGUAACAGUAAUAAAAGGAUUAAUGACUAUUUUAUUUUAUGGACCAUCCAACAGCCCACUACCCCAAUUAGCACAGAUUAAAACAUGCAACUUAUAAAUACGUUUAGUGAACAAUUAUACAAUUUCGUUUAUUGCGAUGUAUAGUAUAAUUUUUUUUUCUUCUUCUUUGCAUAUACGACUUUGCCGUAUGCGCAUUUUUCCAAAUGCGGUUUUUCCUGUGUGUGCGGUUAUAUCCCGUGCGCUUAUAUUUCCUGUGCGCUUCUUUCCGGUCACUAACAGGAUGAAGCGCAAUAAUGAAUUAAAAAUAGAAUUAAAAUUCAAAUUUAAAAUUAAAACACAAAUAAGACAGGACAUUGUGCAAAGACAAGACAAAGAAG